AAUAAAAUUACCGGUUUACCACUCUCCUGUCUCCUCCUCCAUCGCCAGCAGAAAAAGAAGAGAGGAAGAAAAAAAAGCCCUCACUCCACUGUGUUUCGAACACAAAAUCUUCCUCUGUUUGGCCCGUUGAUCGAGCUCUUUCUUUUUGUUUCUUCCCUUAAUAAUUUCCCAAAAUUAGAUCAAGCCUAAUUGUCCAAAUUAUCACCAUUUUAAUCCAAAUCAGAUCUGUCGUUGGAGUUCUUCUGUUUCAGUUCAUAUAUCCGCCGAUACUUACUAUCACUCUUUGUUUGUUUUUCCACUAGUACCGAAAGAUAAAACAAUAGGCAUUUUUGGGAUAAGGAAACGUAAAAAAUUUGCCUUUAAUCAAAUGGCGUGUAUAAAAGGGGUGAAUAGAUCGGCGUCAGUGGCACUGGCGCCGGACGCGCCAUAUAUGGCAGCGGGGACCAUGGCUGGAGCAGUGGAUCUAUCAUUCAGCUCAUCGGCGAGUCUAGAGAUCUUUAAGCUUGAUUUCCAGAAUGACGAUCGUGAGCUUACCGUCGUAGGCGAGUAUCCCAGCUCAGAGCGCUUUAACCGCCUCACUUGGGCCAAGAACGGAUCCGCUUCCGAUGAGUUUUCACCCGGGCUCAUUGCUGGUGGCCUCGUUGAUGGCAACAUCGAUCUUUGGAAUCCCUUAACCCUGCUUGGCUCCGAGACAAGUGAACAAGCUCUGAUUGGACAUCUUUCAAGGCACAAAGGGCCUGUUCGUGGUCUUGAGUUCAAUGCCUUUGCUCCAAACUUACUAGCGUCUGGGGCAGAUGAUGGUGAAAUCUGCAUCUGGGAUUUGGCAACACCUGCACAACCCUCUCAUUUUCCGCCUCUUAGGGGUAGCGGUUCUGCUGUUCAAGGUGAAAUUUCAUUUCUCUCUUGGAAUAGCAAGGUUCAACAUAUAUUGGCAUCAACUUCAUACAAUGGAACGACUGUUGUUUGGGACUUGAAGAAGCAAAAACCAGUGAUAAGCUUUGCAGAUUCAGUUAGAAGAAGAAGUUCUGUUUUGCAGUGGCAUCCUGAUGUUGCCACUCAACUUAUUGUUGCAUCUGAUGAAGAUGGUUCCCCUGCACUUAGGCUUUGGGACAUGCGGAACAUAAUGUCACCAGUGAAGGAGUUUGUAGGGCACACAAAAGGUGUAAUUGCAAUGGCAUGGUGUCCCUCUGAUAGCUCUUAUUUGCUGACAUGUGCCAAAGAUAAUAGGACUAUUUGUUGGGAUACAGUUACUGGAGAGAUUGUCUGUGAACUGCCUGCUGGUACGAACUGGAACUUUGAUGUUCACUGGUAUCCAAAGAUACCUGGAGUGAUAUCAGCAUCUUCCUUUGAUGGCAAGAUUGGAAUUUACAAUAUUGAGGGUUGCUGCCGAUAUGGUGUUGGGGAGGGUGAUUUUGGUGCAGUGUCUUUGAGAGCUCCAAAAUGGUAUAAACGUCCUGUUGGGGCUUCUUUUGGUUUUGGAGGAAAAAUGGUCUCUUUUUGCCCUCGGGCAUCUGGUGUAGGUACUUCUGCAUCAUCAGAGGUUUUCGUGCAUUACUUAGUUACCGAAGAAAGCCUGGUCAGCCGUUCAUCUGAAUUUGAAUCUGCGAUACAGAAUGGGGAGAGGUCUUCUCUAAGGGUUUUAUGCGAAAAGAAAUCUCAAGAGUCUGAAUCUCAGGAUGAUCGAGAAACAUGGGGCUUCUUGAAGGUGAUGUUUGAAGAUGAUGGAACAGCUAGGACAAAGUUGCUUAUGCAUCUUGGCUUUAGUCUACCUGCAGAAGAAAAAGAUACUGUACAAGAUGACCUCUCAUGUAGUCUGAAUGAUAUUACACUUGAGGAUAAAGUUGCAGAAAAAGUAGGCCAUGAAGUUGAGAAAGAAGCUACUCUCUUUGCAGCUGAUAAUGGCGAAGAUUUCUUCAAUAAUCUUCCAAGUCCCAAAACUGAUACGCCUGUUUCUCCAUCUGGUGAUAAUUUUGCCAUUGAGAGUGGAGUUCCUAGCGAAGAGUUAAUACCUCAAGAAUCAGAUGGACUGGAGGAAAGUGUAGAUCAAUCAUUUAAUGAUUCUGUUCAACGCGCUUUGGUGGUGGGUGACUAUAAAGGGGCUGUUAAUCAGUGCAUUGCAGCAAAUAAAAUGUCUGAUGCUUUAGUUAUUGCUCAUGUUGGUGGUGCUUCAUUAUGGGAGAGCACAUGUGACCAAUAUCUAAAGAUUAGCCAUUCACCAUACCUGAAGGUUGUCUCUGCAAUGGUGAACAAUGAUCUCAUGAGCCUUGUCAAGACCAGACCUUUGAAAUUCUGGAAAGAAACAUUAGCUCUCUUCUGUACAUUUGCCCAGAGAGAGGAGUGGACUGUACUUUGUGAUUCGCUUGCUUCAAAACUAAUGGCCUCUGGUAAUACUCUGGCAGCAACUCUUUGUUAUAUAUGCGCUGGAAACAUUGAUAAAACAGUAGAGAUUUGGUCAAGGUGCCUGACAACUGAACAUGAUGGGAAAUCUUACAUUGAUCUUCUCCAGGAUAUGAUGGAAAAGACCAUUGUCUUGGCUUUGGCAACUGGACAGAAACAAUUUAGUGCAUCUCUAUGCAAGCUUGUUGAGAAAUAUGCUGAAAUUUUGGCUAGUCAGGGGCUUCUAAUGGUAGCAAUGGAGUACCUGAAACUCUUGGGGUCUUAUGAGCUGUCACCCGAACUCGAGAUCUUAAAAGAUCGUAUAGCACUCUCUAUGGAACCUGAGAAAGAAACUAAAUCUGCUAGUUUUGGUAAUUCUCAUCCAACAAGUGGACCAGUCUUUGACCCUUCGCGACAUUUAUAUCCGGAGUCAGCCACAUCGCAAAUUCAGCCAAAUGUUCCUACUACCUAUGAUGAAAGUUAUCAGCGUUCUUUUCCAUCAUAUGGAGGAUAUGCUCCUCCUGCCUCGUAUCAAGCUCCUGCCAAUAUCUUUGUUCCAACCCCUGCUCCUCCUCAUGCAUCCCAGGCAAAUUUCGCUCCUUCAUCUGGCACCACUCAGCCUGCUGUUAGACCCUUUAUUCCUUCUAAUCCUCCUGUUCUACGAAAUGCAGAUCAAUACCAGCAGCCAACUACCUUGGCUUCUCAGUUAUAUCCUGGUAGUGCCAACCCUACUUAUCCUGCACCCCUUGCUUCUGGUUCACUUGCAUCUGUCCCAUCACAAAUGGGAUCAGUUCCUGGCCCCAAAAUGCCCCAAGUUGUUGCUCCCCCCCCAGCAUCUACAGGAUUUAUGCCAGUAACUAAUGCAUCUGUUGUUCAAAGACCUGGGAUGAGCCCAAUGCAACCAUCCAGCCCUACACAGCCAGCAUUACUACAACCAGCUCCAGCACCUGCUGCUCCUCCACCAACCAUGCAGACUGUUGAUACUUCAAAUGUCCCUGCACACCAGAAACCUGUAAUCACAACCUUAACCAGACUUUUCAAUGAAACAUCUCAAGCACUGGGAGGCUCACGAGCAAACCCAGCUAAGAAGCGUGAAAUGGAAGACAAUUCAAAAAAAAUCGGUGCCUUGUUUGCCAAGCUCAACAGUGGAGACAUUUCAAAAAAUGCUUCCGAUAAGCUUAUUCAACUCUGCCAGGCUUUGGACAAUAAUGAUUUUGGUACAGCUCUACAAAUCCAGGUUCUUCUUACUACUAGUGAGUGGGAUGAGUGCAACUUUUGGCUUGCAACUCUAAAGCGGAUGAUUAAGACAAGGCAGAAUGUAAGGUAAGUUAUAGAAAGGCAAAAAAUCUCCAAGUAUGGAAUCCCGAGUCUGCUUAUGUUUUCCUUUUCUGGUGACACACUGGAGAAACUGAUGCACCCUUUGAUGUACACAAGAAUGGUUUCCUCCUAAUUGAUGCUGCAGGACUUCAGUUCUUUUGGUCCUUUUACAUCCGUCCUGCUAAAUAUUGACUUGCCUGACACAUUGUUUUGGUAGUAUUGAAAUAGUUUUCAGGAUACUGUUGAUUAUAUUCAUUAGACAUUUUGGUAGUAUUGAAAAGCAGAGUUUGCUUAGUUCAGUUUUCAGUUUUUAACCCCUUUUUUCGGAGCCAAAAAUUCCAUUUAUGACUGAAUUGGAUUUGACUUCC